AUGUCUUUCAAUUCAUAUUACAAUUGGAAUUCGUAUCAACAUGUUAUUGAUGCAUCUAAACGCCCGAGAGCAGUGACGAUAAAUGAGCAAAAUCCUGAAAUCGUCUUGAAAAAGAUAGAUCAAUGGUUGUCUCAACACUAUCCUGGUUUUCAAAUCAAUCACGUCGAAAUAGUCAAACCGGAUCGUCGAGUAUAUGCUCGGGCUAGUUUUCGUACAGCAGAUCGUCAGGAAAAAACUGUUCUCUUCGAUGUCACCGCUGCAGCACAGAGUUAUAUGAAUACAAUGAUGCGAAUGUUUUCUCCUGGAACAGUCGUUCGUCUAUGGCCAGGAGCAGGCUCAAGAGCAACACGAUAUGAACUUCUUAUCUAA